UUUAGUAUAUUGUGACAAUAUCAGCGGACUGAUAAAUAGUUUAAAAAAUAAUAAUGUAUAUAAGCCGACAGAGUGGCGUCUUUUUAUAGACUCAUCAAUUCGCAGUCUAAAAGCUAUACUACUCCACAACACGAACGUUCUAGCUCCGAUACCUAUAGCUCAUUCUACAGUCAUGAAGGAAUCGUAUGAAAACGUGAGUAUAGUUCUUGAUAAAAUAAAAUACUCUGAUCAUAACUGGCUUCUAUGUGGUGAUUUGAAAAUUAUAGGGAUCAUCCUGGGAAUGCAAAGUGGUAACAUCAAAUAUCCCUGCUUUUUAUGUCUCUUCGAUAGCAGAGAUCGAUCAAAUCAUUAUAAAAAGAAGAAUUGGCCAGAACGUAAGUCCUUGGAACCUGGAUCACCUAAUGUUUUGAAAGCGCCUCUCGUAGAUGUAUCAAAAAUUUUAGUGCCACCUUUACAUCUGAAACUUGGGCUAAUGACUCAGUUCGUCAAGGCUUUGGAUAAGACUGGCAAAUGUUUUGAAUACAUCGCAAAAAAAAUGCCUACGCUCAGUGUGGCAAAAUUAGAAGCAGGUAUUUUUGACGGCCCAAAAAUUCGGAUACUAUUUAACGAUGGUAAUUUUACAGAUCAUAUGACGAAAACGGAGAAAGCUGCAUGGACAAGUUUUCGCGAUGUUUGCCAAAAUUUUCUAGGGAAUAAGAAGAGCCCAAAUUACAAGAAGAUGAAAAACUAGGCGACUUCAGCGAAGAACAUGGAGAAAGGUGUCAUCAAGACAUGCGGGAUAUGGAAAAGCGAUAUCAAGGAAAAUGGGGUGUCAAUAUGAUGGCAGACUAUUGCUGGAGUCUGAAACGGGAUGAUGUGAAAGACAAGAAA